CUGCCCGCACCAAAACCAGAUUAGAUCGCCAGUAGAGAAGAGAGAACAUGAUUGAAAAUGGUAGAGGGAAACUACACUACACUCCAUUUCCUUCUAAUUAUCCGGGGAUUCUAUUUCAUCCUGGAAAAAUGAUAGUAUAUUAUAAGUCUAAUUAGUAAUUAUUUAGAGAAGAUGAAACUAAUCAAUAAUUAAUUGAGAAAAAUAACUUAAACGAUAAAAAUUUGUUCAGCGUCCUCUUCACUCUUUCUCUUCCCUUCUCUUCUCGUCUCAAUUAAUGAACGCUUCACGCAACUCUUGAGAAUUCAAAAUCCGCACGUCUUUUCGUCAUCUAAUGUAGUCGGAUUCCUCUUUAUCCGUUCUAUUCUUCCGUUUCAGAGACAGAAAGAAACAACUUCUUGGAGGUGACAAAGGGCGUGGCAUUGACAGCGUUCGUAUUGAGUUAUGUCAAAUAUGGAUCACAGAAUUCUUAAGAGCUAAUAAUAAAAGAAAAAAGGAAGGCGGAAAAAUGGCUUUUCAUGGUAGCCCACACUCUGAAUCGGGAAGAUCAGAGCAGAUAAUCUCGCAGUUCCUUCUCAAGAGCUUACACAUUAUUUUGGAUUCUAGGAUACCACCACCUCGUUCAAAUGAUCAUAGUGGUGAUCUGGCUUCGGCUGGUCGUGCUAGAAAGAGUGAUAAGUGGUUUCAUUUAGCUCUUGGAGAUCGUCCUGCGGCUUUAGAGAAUUUGCAUUUCUGGCAUAGGAAUUUAAUGGACCCAAUGAUUAUUGAUAUAAUACUUGUUCAUGAUGACCUGGGUGCUUAUUCAUCCGAUGAUCUCUUUGCUACACCAAGUGAAAGAGCAACUGUUGAAACAGUUGUAGAGAGGUGGGUAGUUCAGUACGAGUCUCCUAAGACAAUGCUUUCUCAACCCAGCGAAGGAUCCAUCUCUUAUGGGAAGACAUAUAAGAAAUCCAUUAUACUUUUACGUUCUCUUUAUUCAAUGAUGAGGCUUCUACCUGCCUAUAGAAUUUUCCGGCGACUUAGCACAUCGAACCAGACCUGUAGUUUUGAUAUCAUUUAUAAGGUUUCCUCCUUUAGUGAACCAUUCUCUAGAGAGGAGGAGGAAACCAUGAAGGUAUAUAAUUUUGCACCAGUGGAGGCCCACCCAGGUCGGCUUUGUAUAUCUACGACAUACCGUCCAACACUCUCUGAUUUCAACCUCGAGCUUUCCACAUCGUUGCCGCCACAGCUUAUUAUGGACUAUGUUGGGAGCCCCGCUACUGACCCUCUGAAGAUUUUCCCCUCUGCUGAAGAUCGUGCCACUUCUUUUCCAUUGAGAGGAGCCCAUCCUUCUUCAUCUAGCCCAUUUCAGCGUCCGCAUAGCUGGACACCCGGUCUUCACAGAGCUGCUCCAUUUACACAGAAUUAUCGUCUUAGUGGUUCUCCACCUGCUUAUCGUACACCUCCGACACCAUCUGAUUAUUCACCUUCACCCCCUGAUAUAUACAGCCAGAGGUCUCAGAGUUACAAAAUUUCAAGUCAAAGAAGGGGGUUAAGUUCUGAUGAAUAUCAACUUUCACCUCCCUUUUCUCCAUCUCCAUCUCCGUCCCCUCCCACCCAUGUUUCAGGAUUCAACUCGCUACACUCCCGGUUGCGGUCUGAACGUUCAGAAAGUGCUCCUGUUAAUAUCCCGAUGCCAAUGAUAGCUAGAAAUUCUAGACUUUUUACUCAUAGUUCCUCUGAUCCAAACAGACAUGCACUUCCUCCUAUGUCCCCUAGAAGCACCAAAUACGACCAUUCUUCCCAGGAAUCUUCAUCUGGAAGCAGGUCAUUUAGGAGAAUGGAUGCUUCAAGAGCAGCAGAGCUGCCCUCUGGAAUUGCAAAUUUAAACCUUUAUUGCCACAAGGAAUUCAAAGAUGGCAAAGAUGAUUCCGGGCGCUUCUCAGGCUUGAUGUCUUCCAGCGGUUCUCCAUGCAUUGGCUUUUCCAGGAGCUCAAGCAGAUUAUCCUUCCAGGAUGAUCUCGAUGAUUGCGAGUUCUCAUGUCCAUUUGCUGUUGAUGAUGUUGAUAUGUCUGAUACUCAGAUCAGGACCUUUGGUGGGAAAGAAGCUUCGGACUCAUCUACUUCACAUGCAUUCUCCUCAACCAGAAAAUCGCAAGAUGCUGCCAUUGGCGUCCUCGUACACACGUUAAAGACAGCACCUCCGUUGCGACAAGACCAAAGUUGUUACUCUUCGCAAUCAUCCAAAAACGAGUUUGACGGAGAAGUUAGUACCACUGCAUCUGGAUUCUUCGUGCCUAGGAAGACAUCAGAUGCAUUGGAGGAAUUAAGAAGUUAUAGAGAUAUGAAAGAUCUGCUACUCUCUCAGAGUGGGAAUAGGGACUCGACUGAUAAGCGAAGAACAAGCUAAUCCAGCUGCUUUCUAGGUUGAUAGUUUCUAUAUGCAUAUAACAAGGGAUUUCUGAACAUGACUGACCUAGGACCCCCAUUACUUUGGAAAAGGGGAGUCUUAAUGUAAGUAGACAUCAUUACGACUGAAGGUUUGCUACCAUUAUAUUGAAAAACAAGGAACAUACAGACAUCAUAUAGACACAAAAGUUUGCAAAACAAGGAUUGUUUUUGUCUCAGGAACAUCAGAAACUGAUUACCGUUUUUAUUUCCCCAGUUUGACUCUCAGCAUGUUAAUUUGUAGGAUGUACUAAAUGGAACGCUUUCUAUGGAGUACAUAAAUUGUAUCAUACUGACGGUAUGCACCUACAUACUGUAGCUGGUUAUGAUUCUGUGAAUAUGGGUUUCUCUCUCUCCUGUGAACCUGAUGAACUAAUUCUGCAGUUUAAUGAGAUUCAUUUGUUUGUUUGUUUGUCUAA